AUACAGUAUAUGUAGUAUCUCCCUUUCCGGUUUGACAGAUUUCUAAACGUAACCCGUAGAAUCAGGCCAAUCCCCAAUUCAACUUCUUCUAUGCCACCUUUUCUGUAAUCAAAGGAGUUCGCUUCCAUUUCCAGCGCCAAAAAAAAAUAAAAUAAAAUGCCAGCUUCCCUCCAAUUCCCCGGCUUAACAACUUCGACUCCGCCCAACGAUCCGCUUCAAAUUUCGAAUUCCUCACGCCACGCGCCGUCUCUCUCAGUCGCAUCCAAUCGGCUCAAAUUCUCGGGAUCGGCGGCGGCGCCUCCCCGAUUGUACAGGAGGAGUGGAGCAGUACCGAAGGUUUGUUGCAAGAAAGCGGUUUUCAAGGAUGUGGUCGAAGGGAGAGGGAGGGAGGUGAGAAAAGUGGAGGAAGAAUUGACGUGUGUGAUGAAGUUUGGUGGAUCGUCGGUGGGGUCGGCGGAGAGGAUGAGGGAGGUUGCUGAUCUGAUUCUCGGUUUUCCUGAGGAGAAUCCUGUCAUUGUGCUUUCUGCUAUGGGGAAGACUACUAAUCAUCUUCUACUUGCUGGAGAAAAGGUUUUGAGUUGUGGUGAUUUAAACAUGUCUAAAAUCGAUGAGUUGACCUCCAUCAAGGAACUGCAUCUAAGGACUGUACAAGCGCUUGGAGUCGAUACUUCGGUUGUUUCUGCACACUUGGAAGAACUGGAGCAGCUUUUGAAGGGAAUCGCUAGGAUAAAGGAGUUAACUCUCAGGACGAGAGAUUAUUUGGUUUCAUUUGGGGAAUGCAUGUCCACCAGAAUUUUUGCUGCAUAUUUGAAUAAGAUUGGUGCUAAAGCACGGCAAUAUGAUGCAUUUGACAUUGGUUUUAUAACAACGGAUGACUUCACAAGUGCGGACAUCUUGGAAGCAACUUACCCUGCUGUUGCAAAGAGGUUACACGGUGACUGGAUCAGUGAUCCUGCAAUUCCUGUUGUCACUGGAUUCCUUGGAAAGGGAUGGAAAUCUUGUGCAGUAACAACCUUGGGUAGGGGUGGAAGUGAUUUGACAGCAACAACCAUUGGUAAAGCCCUAGGCUUGCGAGAGAUUCAGGUGUGGAAGGAUGUUGAUGGUGUAUUGACUUGUGAUCCUAGCAUUCACCCGCUUGCGGAACCUGUACCAUACUUGACGUUUGAAGAGGCAGCUGAGCUUGCAUACUUUGGUGCUCAGGUACUGCAUCCGCAAUCCAUGAGACCAGCUAGAGAGGGUGAGAUCCCUGUCAGGGUCAAGAAUUCUUACAACCCAAAAGCUCCCGGUACCCUCAUCACUAAAAGUAGAGAUAUGAGCAAGGCAGUGCUGACAAGCAUAGUUUUGAAGCAGAAUGUGACCAUGUUGGAUAUUGUCAGUACUCGCAUGCUUGGUCAAUUUGGCUUCCUUGCAAAGGUGUUUUCAACCUUUGAAGAUCUGGGCAUUUCUGUGGAUGUAGUUGCUACAAGUGAAGUCAGUAUAUCUUUGACACUAGAUCCAUCAAAAUUUUGGAGCAGAGAACUGAUUCAGCAGGAACUGGACCGCGUAGUGGAAGAGCUAGAGAAAAUUGCAGUUGUGAAUCUUCUGCAGCACAGAUCAAUUAUCUCCCUUAUAGGAAAUGUUCAGCGUUCUUCAUUGAUUCUAGAGAAGGUAUUUAAUGUUCUUCGGACCAACGGAGUCAAUGUCCAGAUGAUUUCACAGGGAGCAUCCAAGGUGAAUAUCUCAUUGAUUGUACAUGAUGACGAGGCAGAAAGAUGUGUUAAGGCCCUUCACUUCUCCUUCUUUGAGAGUGGUGAUCUAUCGGAAACAGAUCUCGAUGAUGGAUUCGGUAAUGGCAAGGUUUCAGCUUUCAAGGUAGAAAGUAGAUGACCAUAGCAACUUUAUUUGUUCUUUUUCACACGGUUGUAUUGCAUUGGCAAUCAUACAGAAAUCACACGGUUGUAUUGCGUUGACUAUAGCAACUUUAAAUUCUAUUUAGCUCCGGAUGAAGGUUACUGCAAAUGCAAUCAUAUGGUAUUGAAUCUUGGAAA